AGAAAAAACCUAUCAAAACCUUUUUAUUCCGUUUCUUUGAAAAAAUGAGUAGAGAAAAGACCUCAAAAAACCAGGGAAAAACAAAAACUGGUAAAUCUUCAAGCAAUGAGCAGCUUAUCAAUGAAGUAAGAUCACUUGCAUUGGUUACUAGUACAGAAGCAGCAGCAAAAAUGGUGAUGCAUGUGCCUAUUGUUUCCUCAUAUAAUGAUCGUAUACGUCCUCUUCUUGAUGCUGUUGACAAGCUUCGUCGUCUGAUGGUGAUGAAAGAAGGCAUACAACUACCUACCAUUGUUGUCGUGGGCGAUCAAUCUUCUGGCAAGUCAAGUGUUCUUGAAUCUCUGGCCGGAAUUAGUCUUCCCCGUGGUCAGGGAAUUUGUACUCGAGUCCCUCUUGUAAUGAGGCUGCAGCAUCAUCCGGCGCCUGAACCGGAUCUUUCUUUGGAGUUCAAUGGGAAAAUAGUGUCCACGGAUGAAGCUAAUGUAGCUGAUGCUAUAAAUCUUGCUACCGAUGAGAUUGCCGGCUGUGGAAAAGGUAUUUCUAACACUCCAUUGACUUUGGUGGUGAAAAAACUUGGUGUUCCUGACCUGACAAUGGUGGAUCUGCCUGGAAUUACAAGGGUUCCGGUUCACGGCCAGCCGGAGAAUAUAUACGAGCAGAUUGCUGAUAUUAUCAUGGAGUACAUUAAACCUGAAGAGAGUAUUAUUCUUAAUGUUCUAUCUGCUACUGUCGAUUUCACAACCUGUGAGUCCAUCCGAAUGUCUCAGAAAGUGGACAAGACCGGAGAGAGGACGCUGGCGGUGGUGACUAAAGCUGAUAAGGCACCGGAAGGGCUGCUGGAGAAGGUUACAGCCGACGAUGUCAACAUAGGUUUGGGUUAUGUCUGUGUCCGGAAUCGCAUUGGUGAUGAAACUUAUGAGGAAGCAAGACUUGAAGAAGCUGCUUUGUUUGGGAAUCAUCUUCUUCUCUCCAAGAUUGACAAAUCCAUGGUGGGUAUUCCAGUUUUGGCUCAAAAGCUGACACAGAUUCAAGCGAUUAUCAUCUCAAGAUGCUUGCCAGAAAUUGUCAGAAAGAUUAAUGAGAAACUGAAUGCAAAUGUCUCAGAACUGAACAAAUUGCCAAAGGCAAUUUCCUCACCAGCUGAGGCUAUGACAGCUCUGAUGGGAAUUAUGGGAGCUGCUAAAGAAUCUUCAAGGAAAAUCCUGAUAAGGGGAGAAUUUGAUGAAUACCCGGAUGAUCGAAACAUGCAUUGUACUGCAAGAUUGGUGGAAAUGCUUGACUGUUUUUGUAUUGAUCUUCAUACUUGCUCUGCAAGUGAUCCUGGAAAGAAUUUUCUGAUUGAAGAGAUUCAGAGUUUGGAGGAAUCUUUAGGAAUUGAGCUGCCAAAUUUCCUCCCUCGGUCCACCUUUAUAACAAUCCUGAGGAAAAAAGUUGCAGUAGUAUCAAACAUUCCUGUUGAGUUCGUUGAGAAAGUCUGGCAGUACAUUGAAGGCGUACUCAUUUCGAUUCUGAUGCAUCAUUCUGAGAAUUUUCAUCAUCUCUGUUCGGCUACUAGACGAGCAGGUCAUAACAUGGUUUCAAAAAUGAAAGAGCGAUCCAUCAAUUGGGUUAUGGAGAUUAUCCAAAUGGAGAAGCUGACAGACUACACUUGCAACCCUGAGUAUUCCAAGCUCCAUAACACCCUUAUGGCACAACAGCAGAAGUUCAUCGAAGAUAUGAAUAACACUGGAGCUGCGCAAGUUGUUAUUGAAGGCUAUGGUGAGGUUUCUGUCGGUGAUUUAAGAAAGCAUCAGAGAUUUCUGAAUCAAGCUUUUGAUUUGAAGAUGAGAAUGGUGGCUUACUGGAAAGUUGUGCUAUGGAGAAUGGUGGAUUCAAUGGCAUUGCAUUUGCAGACAAGUAUUCAGAAUCUUGUUAACAAGGAAAUGGAAACUGAAAUUUUCAAUGAAAUGAUGAGUGCUAAUGGUGGAGCUAUUGAGAGAAUGCUCGAAGAAUCGCCUUCGGUUGCGGGUAAGAUUCAGAGGCUUAAGGAUAGCAUUAAGGUGCUGAAGGAGUCCAAGGAGGUGUUAUCAGAAAUUAUGGAUAAGAGUUUCUAUGUUGAUUAGGGUUUGGUCUUGCUGUGGAGAUUAUUUUGUUGCUGGUUAUUUUUUUGCUUAUGUUUUUGAUGCAAGUAUGAAGAUGAUGAUAGUCUUUCAUGCCUAUGUUUAAGUAUGAAAAUUAUUUUUUUGCUUAUAUUUUUUUGCUUAUGUUUUUGAUACUCUUUCAAUUUAUAUUAUCUAUGUAACUUGAAAACCUUGUUGGUUAA